CGCAGGACCCUUCAUUUAUUUCUUCCAUUUUGUUUAAUUUCCUCCUCCGUCCGUAACUCAGAGACCGAGGCAGAAGUAGCUCAAUAAUUCCAUCUUAUCUUAAUGGCCAAAUUAACCACAAAACCCCUUCAGUUUUGCUGCUUCUUCUUCAUCCUCUUGUUUCCGAUACUUCCGGCUACCUCUUCAGUGGAUCUUGUGCAGACAGAAUGCUUGAAGGUACCCUUCUCCCAGUUCUCUAACUCACUUCUCUCCACCAUCGACGGUGUACGACAGGUGAUGACCAUUUUCUCUCCAUUCACUAAAUUACUGGGUGAUUUACGGCUUUCCACCGCCAUUUCCGACUGUCUCGAUUUGCUCGACUCUUCUGUUGAUCAGUUGAGCUGGUCCCUCUCCGCCACCCAAAAUCCCAAGGCUAAAGACUACAGCACAGGAGAUCUGAGUUCUGAUCUGAAGACAUGGCUGAGCGCUGCAGUGGUUAAUCCAGAAACAUGCAUUGAUGGAUUUGAGGGCACCAAUAGCUUUAUCAAAGGUCUUGUAUCCGGGGGCAUCGACCAGUUAACUUCACAGCUCUAUGACCUUCUUUCCAUGGUGAAAUCUUUCCCCAAUAAUCAGCCGGCUGAGUUUCCUUCAUGGGUGAAAUCUGAGGACCGGAAUCUGCUGCAUCUAAAUGACUUGGCUGCCGAUGCCACUGUGGCCGCCGAUGGGACUGGGGAUUUCACCAGUGUGAUGGAUGCGGUUCGAGCGGCCCCUGACAAUAGCAUACAACGUUAUGUUAUAUACAUUAAGAGGGGUGUGUAUUUGGAGAACGUGGAGAUCAAGAAGAAGAAGUGGAAUCUCAUGAUGAUUGGAGAUGGAAUCGAUGCCACCAUCAUAUCGGGUAAGCGGAAUUUUGUUGACGGUUGGACAACAUUCCGCUCAGCGACCUUUGCUGUAAGUGGAAGAGGAUUCAUAGCGCGAGACAUAACAUUCGAGAAUACUGCAGGGCCAGAGAAACAUCAAGCAGUGGCACUUAGAUCCGACUCGGAUCUAUCGGUAUUUUUUCGAUGCCGAAUUAGAGGGUACCAAGACACGCUGUAUACGCACACCAUGCGCCAAUUCUACCGCGAGUGCCAAAUCAGUGGCACCGUUGAUUUUCUGUUCGGCGAUGGCACCGUUGUUUUCCAAAACUGCACCAUCCUCGCGAAGAAGGGUCUUCCCAACCAGAAAAACACCAUCACUGCUCAGGGCCGGAAAGACCCAAACCAACCCACCGGCUUCUCCAUUCAAUUCUGCAACAUCUCUGCGGACUCAGACCUUGAACCCUUGGUUAACACCACGGCAACGUACCUUGGAAGACCAUGGAAGGAAUAUUCCAGAACCAUUAUCAUGCAGUCAUAUAUGAGCGACGCCAUUAGGCCAGAAGGUUGGCUUGAGUGGAACGGCGAUUUUGCAUUGAAUACACUAUUCUAUGCUGAGUUUAUGAAUCAUGGGCCGGGGGCGCGAUUGGCGAAGCGUGUCAAUUGGCCCGGUUACCGCCGACUGAAUCAUACCAGUGAAGCUACUAACUUCACCGUGGCUCAAUUCAUUGAAGGAAACAUGUGGUUGCCGUCCACGGGUGUCAAAUUCACUGCAGGACUCGGAGCUAAUUAAUUUGGGAGUAAUACGAUCGUCUUAAAAUAUUUUUUAAAAGUGAUAAAAAUAUUUCUUUAAUGUGAUAAUUUAUGAUUGGACGAUUCAAUGGAAUACCUAAAGAUAAGUGUAACAAUGUCACUAAAUAUUUUUAUUUUGUAAUUAAAGUUAAUAUUUUUAAGAAGACCUAUAAAUUACCACCAAAUCUUCAUUCCUC